CGCUGAUUGGCUGCUCGCUGACAUCCUCAAACCCGGCUGCUCCGCGCUGGGCUCGGGAGGGGGGCGGCUUCGGGUGGAGGUGCGCUUCUGACAAGCCCGAAAGUCAUUUCCAAUCUCAAGUGGACUUUGUUCCAACUAUUGGGGGCGUCGCUCCCCCUCUUCAUGGUCGCGGGCAAACUUCCUCCUCGGCGCUGCUUCUAAUGGAGCCCCACCUGCUCGGGCUGCUCCUCGGCCUCCUACUCUGUGGCACCAGGGUCCUCGCUGGCUACCCAAUUUGGUGGUCCCUGGCCCUGGGCCAGCAGUACACGUCCCUGGGAUCUCAGCCUCUGCUCUGCGGCUCCAUCCCAGGCCUGGUCCCCAAGCAACUGCGCUUCUGCCGCAAUUACAUCGAAAUCAUGCCCAGCGUGGCCGAGGGUGUGAAGCUGGGCAUCCAGGAGUGCCAGCACCAGUUCCGGGGCCGCCGCUGGAACUGCACCACCAUAGAUGACAGCCUGGCCAUCUUUGGGCCCGUCCUUGACAAAGCCACCCGCGAAUCGGCCUUCGUGCACGCCAUCGCCUCUGCUGGCGUGGCCUUCGCAGUCACGCGCUCCUGCGCUGAGGGCACCUCCACCAUCUGCGGCUGCGAUUCCCAUCAUAAGGGGCCGCCUGGCGAGGGCUGGAAGUGGGGCGGCUGCAGCGAGGACGCCGACUUCGGUGUGCUUGUGUCGCGUGAGUUCGCAGACGCGCGCGAGAACAGGCCAGACGCGCGCUCGGCCAUGAACAAGCACAACAACGAGGCAGGCCGCACGACCAUCCUGGACCACAUGCACCUCAAGUGCAAGUGCCACGGGCUGUCAGGCAGCUGUGAGGUGAAGACCUGUUGGUGGGCCCAGCCCGACUUCCGUGCCAUCGGUGACUUCCUCAAGGACAAGUACGACAGCGCCUCAGAGAUGGUGGUGGAGAAGCACCGCGAAUCUCGCGGCUGGGUGGAGACGCUCCGCGCCAAGUACGCGCUCUUCAAGCCGCCCACCGAGAGGGACCUGGUCUACUACGAGAACUCCCCCAACUUUUGUGAGCCCAAUCCGGAGACAGGCUCCUUUGGCACCAGGGACCGGACUUGCAAUGUCACCUCCCACGGCAUCGAUGGCUGUGACCUGCUCUGCUGUGGUCGCGGCCACAACACGAGGACGGAGAAGCGGAAGGAGAAAUGUCACUGCAUCUUCCACUGGUGCUGCUAUGUGAGCUGCCAGGAGUGCAUCCGCAUCUACGACGUGCACACCUGCAAGUAGGGAGCAAGGGCCCUGGGAAAGGUGAAGUGUGUGGCUGGGCAGAUUCACUGAAGUCCUACGGGGAGCAGGACCUACGCCGGGCUCAGCCCUCCGCAUCAGACAGCAAGGAACCCAGACUGUUGCCAGAUGCACGUGUGGUAAAUUACCUGGACCCAACCCGCCCGCUGACUGGGAGGCCGCCGUCCCUCUCUCCGGUCUUCAGUUUCUCACCCUACUCUGGAUGGUGUGUGGCUUUUAAAGAAGGGGCUCUCUUUUUAGUUCUCUGGGGUCUGAUAGGAAACAGACCUGAGGCUUAUCUUUGCACAUGUUAAAGAAAAUAAAAAUGGAAAAAAAUUGCUACUCCAACGGAACAGGCUGGGCUACUGUGAGCUCUUUGCCUGGUGGUAAAGACAUCGGCAUGGGCAAGAUUCCGUCUCCAAACUGCUUCUCCUGGUGACAUUCCAAGAUGCCUGUGAGGUGGGAGUUACGAAGUAGGACAAACCCCUGCAGUUUCCUUUUGUCUGUCUACUCCGAUUCAAAUCUGAUAGACUUUCACGUUCUGAUAAAAGCCAUAGGGGUAGCGAGGAUAAAGUGGUAGGGAGGCCCAAGGCGAUUGUUAGAGUAGGGUUUUGAGUUUGGAAGAACUAGGAGCUCUGGGUGACCUGGUAAGUUGUUUGAAGAGCAGCCGUGUGUUCUUCUCAGCCUCAUUUUCUCUGUAACCCUGUUCUGCACCAGAGGCUCUUGUGAACUGCAGUCAGAUCUCAAAAUCUUUUUCUACCAUCUGCAGUUUCCACCAUUAAUGCAGUAUUUUUUUUUUUUUUUUGGGUAGUGGCCGUUGUAAAUAGGUUAUGUAUGGGGGAGGGGGGGACGGCCUUCUCCAGCCCAAAUGGUUUCCUAAAGAAAGGAGUGGUAUCUCUGGAAGAGGCCAUUCAAUCCCUCCCAGCCCUGCUCACCUGCAGGUUCUCCAUCAAUGUAAUGCCAGGUGGAGCAGCUGGACGCGAGGUCACCUUAGCAUCAAUUCGACAAAGGGUCAAUGAGAGAGUAGCAGUCUAUUCCUUAAGUUCCAAUUCUGAGACUACUAGAUGGGGAGGGUAAAAAUGAUUCCUUGGCUUCCUCUCCAGUGAGGACACGUCUUCCUGCCUCCUGUCCUUCCUUUGGCCUGUGCGAGUAAACAGAAAUGCCGAGUUCUUGACCACAGAGCUCCUGGCCUCACCUGCAUGCUGACAGUUACCGAGGAGCAGGAUUAGGUGGUCCAAGGGGAGCAUGCAGUCACCUCCCUUGGGAAAAGCACCUCACAGCGGAGUUCUCCUCGAUCCACACUGGUCCUCUAGAGUCCCAGAGGAAGGUAGCAAAACAGGCAGAUGGAUUCGACAGCGUGAACCAAUCCCACAGCGCUGUCUUUAAGGAGAAUCAGGAAGCGAUGCAGCGGGGGUAGCGAAUAGGACGCUUUCUCUUCCGCUUCUCCCGUCUCUCUUUGGUCUACCUAACACUGACCUAAAAUACCAGGUCAGGCCAUCUUCCUGCUCGCCCAGGCAGGUUUGCCAAGACCACCGUCUGGGAGCCAUGCCUGCACUCUGGAAUCCGUUGGCCACAAGCCCUGCUAAAGAUACACACCCCAUCCCCGCUAGAGAGUCCGAAUUGCCCCUCCUCGUCUCACUUUAGACUGAAAAGUUUUAAAUCAUGUCAACCGGAUAACGCUUGCUUUACGUGAGAAUUACUUCAGCAAAAUGGGACACAAAUGUUCACAACCGUCUUUUUCGUAUCUAUGUAUUCCAUAUGAAAAGUGACCAAGUCAUGUUUCCGGGGCGUAUUCAAGUAGCCGACAAGUCAUUAUUUAAUAAUAGUACAUCGAGUGCAUUGUAAUUAUUCUCGCCGUAGUCAGGUAAUAGUCUCCAAUGGAAAUUUCCUACCAACCUGCUGUAUCCAAAGUUUUGUAAAAAGUUGUAGAAGUUGUUGAUCUUUUUGAUUUUAUAUUCAAAAAGUCUCUUUUUAUAAAUAUUAUUUAUUAUACAAUGUAUAUACCUUUGAGUUAACUAAGAUUAUAUAUUAUAUAAAUAUAUAUAUAUUUGGAGAAAAUAUAUUUCAUCAUGCAGUUUUUUUCUGUUAAGUCAUUAAAGAGAAGGUAAACAAAC